UUUGAGAAAGAAGACGGUGUUUUUUAAAAUGGUGUAGAAGAAUGUAUCCUGCAAACCAUAAGACUAUUUUCGUUUUGGACCAUACACCGUACUUUGGAAUAUCCACGGAAUGCCCGCUGGAAUUUGAUUUUCUGAAGAGUCGCGGUCAGAACUUAAUUCCUUUGGCACCUGUUUGCAAGUCCCUUUGGACUACCAGCGUAGAGGCCUCUUUAGAAUACUGCCGCAUAGUAUGGGACCUAUUUCCAGUUGGAAAAUUGAUAAGGUUCGUGGUAACCGACCGUGCUGCCUAUGUAUUAAACUCAUGGAGUCCGUCGCAGCAAAAUUUAAAUCAUAUAAUGAAUGGCACAGCCAUAUUGGGAGUACCGACAAAGACUCCGGAACCUGGAGAGGAUUACUCCGUGAUACACGGAUUAAGGGUCGCUAUAGAGACGUUGAACGAGUGUUCGGAAAUUCAGCAUGAAAAGAGAACAUCAUUAAAUGAAAAUACUAGUAAACUUGUUAACAGAGGCAGAGUAAUAUGCAUCACCAGUGCACGAGAUAACAGCAAUAUGAAAAGCUUGGAAAAUAUAUUUCUGAACGAACUGGCUCAAGAGAAUAAAACUGCAUUAGCUUCGGAUCAUUUGAUGCCUGUAGAUUAUUGCCACUUGGUUAUACUGAACAUUUUUCCUAACAAUAUCGAGUCGCAGGUUACUAGUCAGGGACCGCGAGAGGUUUCUCCGCUGUUAACGGUGGAAGUACACUCGAUCAAAGCACCCGCUUUACAUUCGAAAUUAUCCCACUUGAUCUUGUCUCAUUACGAUUUGGCGAGCACAACCGUGACUGGUAUACCAAUGAAAGAAGAACAGAACGCCAGUUCCUCCGCAAAUUACGACGUCGAGAUAUUUCACUCAUCGGCCGCGCAUUCGGCGAUUUUAAAAGGGAAUCCACAAGAUUCAGCUUUGAUAAAGACGUUCAGAAGAUUCGAAGAGGGCUCGGAGUAUGAAACAGUGACUCUGAAAUGGUGCACGCCGCGGGGAUGCAGCGCGGCUGAGAUGCAAAAUUGCACAGCCAUGCACAGAAUCACGCCGGUAGAUGUAAAUAGCAGACCUUCGUCCUGUUUGAUCAAUUUCCUCUUAAACGGUAGAUCGGUGAUGCUCGAAAUGGCUAGGAGAAGCGGUGGCAAAACUAUUUCUCAUUUGCUUGCCGCGCAUGGUGGUGAAAUUUUUAUACACACAUUGUCCACCGCUAGGAGCGUAUUAGAGGAUCCACCUUCUAUCAGCGAGGGCUGCGGUGGCCGUGUCACCGAUUACAGAAUAACUGAUUUUGGAAGACUUAUGCGAAAUAAUGUUUUGGUGCCUUUGAAACGGAGUAUAAAUAAUAUCAGCGACGGCCCGGCAGAGAAAAUGAGAUCGAGAUUAGAGAGGCACACGAAGUAUUGGCCAAUUACUAUUUCCAGUACUCUCAUGUUUAAUUUGAAACAGUUGAUAGAUCCACUGCCCGAUUUAAUGGUGAAAGAGGAACUCACUGCAGAGGAAGUUGUACAGUGCAAGCAAGUGAUUUUUAGUUUGUUGCAAUUGGAGGCAAAACACGAGCCACUACCUCUGCCAAGUAUAGGCGGUGGACGCGGUGGUAAAGGUGGUGUACGCAGGGAAGAACACUAUAGACUUUUGUGGGGAGAACUGGAAACGUAUCUCAAGCAUCAUGCCAACAACUCUGCAGCGCAUUCCGAAGUUCUCACUUGCCUUCUUGAAGUACGGAGCAAAGACGAUAAGGACAAGGUUGAAUUGGACCAGGCAUUACGCGAAUUAGAUGGUUUUGGAAAAGAAGAUGGAACUGCCCGAGCCAGUGUAAUAAGAGCAACUACCGAUUCACCGAUGUCACCACCACCCAGCACGUCGAUAUCUCUCGGAAAGCAACUCCUCAAAGGUAGUCUUUACGCUCCCAAGAGUUUGUUAGAUGUUUGGUUGCAGCGAAGCGCGCCUAAAGAGAAGAAGCCGGACUUUCACGGAAGACUUAAUAGCGAUAAUCUUAAAGCUAAGUUGUAUCCUAAUUUAAAAGAACCUGGACGUGAGCCUCGUGAACCUAUUCUAGAGGGUUGAUUUACAAACUUAUCGUUUCAAUGCGUAAACUUAAGGUGAAGUCAAUUAAGCUGUAAAUUAAACGUGAUUUCUUUUUUUGUAAAAAUUACAUCGACUGUCCUGCGUUAUCCUUCGUUGUCCAUGGCUGAUGUACCAGGAUUCUUUCAAGGAUCAAUAAUAAUUUCUUAAAGAAGAAGUUCUUAAG